AUGGCCACGGCGGGAAACACAGCCCGCCGCCGGCGCGCGCCAAGACAGCGCGCCACUCCCGCCCACCGCGCGCCCCGCCCACCCGCGCUCCGCACCAACCGCGUCAGGCGGGAGCCGCCAUCUUGGCAUCGCGCCGCCCCCUCGGGUCGUGACCUGCGCUGCUGUCCGCCGAGCCGCCGUUCCCGAAUUCGGGAGCUCGCUGCCCAGGAAGGCGGUGAGGACCCGUUCCUGGAGCUGUUCGGGAAACACGGAGCUGUGGCGCUCAGGGUCCGUUUGCACUCUCAAGCCCCCGCUGGCAGGGCUGCCAUUACUCCCAUCCUCUUUGCAACACUUUACUGGCGUGAGUUACAAGCAAAGAAAUCCAGCUACCGAGAGAACAGAGUCUCUCGGGAAAGGGGCUGCGGUUCUUCCUGCAGUCCAAUGGACAGCGGAGGCUGCAGCGAGCGUCCUGCAGAAACGCCUUGGAGAAAAGCGACCUUAGAGCCGCAGGCUCCAACUAAGCUAGAGCUCGGUACCGGCAACGCGACCGGUCGCGGCGCUGAGUCUAACUUUGCGCAGCCCAGAGACUGGAAUCAGAGCAGCUCCUCGAAACGCCUGCGAUUCAUUCGCUCCCUGCGCAGAGCGGCUGCCCCGAAGCCGCCUUUUUUGGCGCGGGGCAGCGGCACGAGCAAAGCCGCCCGCGAGGCCACGCGCCCCACAGCCCGCGAGCCCUCCGGCGCUUGGGGCGGGCCCGGGCCGGACGGCGGACCCCCGCGGGGGCCGCGACGGAGCCGGCCCGCCCCGUCCCGUCCCGCCCCCGGCACGGCGGCCCGGGCCCCUCGCCGCCGCCGGCGCCCGGCGCCCCUCAACGAGGACAACGGGCGGUUCCUGCUGCUGGCCGCCCUCAUCGCGGCGUACCUGAGCGCCGGCGCCACCGUCUUCUCGGCCCUCGAGAGCCCGUCGGAGGCGGCGGCGCAGCUGCGCUGGAACCGGACCCUGCACAACUUCAGCCGCAUCUUCAACAUCAGCCUGCCCGAGCUGCGCGCCUUCCUGCGGAGCUACGAGGCGGCCAUGGCCGCGGGCAUCCGCGUCGACGCCCUGCGGCCCCGCUGGGACUUCCCCGGAGCCUUCUACUUCGUGAGCACCGUCGUCUCCACCAUAGGUUUUGGAAUGACCACGCCAGCAACAGUGGCUGGAAAAGUAUUCCUCAUGGUUUACGGUCUUUUUGGGUGUGCUGGGACUAUCCUCUUCUUCAACCUCUUUCUGGAGCGCAUUAUCUCCCUCCUGGCGUUCAUCAUGAAGGCUUGCCACGAAAGACAGCUGCGAAGAAGUGGUCUCCUACCUCCCAACUUCCGAAGAGGUUCAGCUAUGUCGGGGGUGGGCAGCCUCAUCGGCUGGAAGCCGUCUGUUUAUCACGUGAUGCUCAUUCUGGGAAUUUUUGCCAUCACGCUUUCGUGCUGCGCUUCAGCGAUGUACACGUUGGUGGAAGGGUGGAACUACGUCGACUCCUUGUACUAUUGUUUUGUCACCUUUAGCACCAUCGGCUUUGGAGAUUUGGUAAGCAGCCAAAACGCUGUGUACCAAAAUCAGGGAUUAUACAGAUUCGGAAACUUCAUCUUUAUAUUAAUGGGGGUAUGUUGCAUAUACUCUCUUUUUAACGUCAUCUCAAUUGUAAUCAAGCAACUCUUGAACUGGGUGUUGAAAAAACUCAGAUGCAGAUGUUGCCCGAAGUGCCAUAAGUCGAGUGCCCGUCUUGGGCGUCGCAACGCCAUCACCCCAGGAGCCCGCCUGCGCCGGCACAAAAUCUCCCUGGAGGCUGACGGGCAGUACGACAGUGACACAGAUGGCAGGAGGCUCUCUGGAGAGAUGAUCUCCAUGAGGGAGCUCACGGCGUCCAACAAGGUCUCUCUGGCUAUUUUGCAAAAGCAGCUGUAUGAGACAGCCAACGGCUACCCGAGGAACGUUUGUAUCAAUACGAGGCACAACGGGUUCUCCGCAGGGGUGGGUGCUCUAGCCAUCAUGAACAACCGCUUGGCAGAAACCAGUGACUCUAGGUAGAGUUUUUGAAGUUCUUUUUGUUUCUUUGAUAAAAAUAAAAUGAUGGUUUCAGGUGGGAUUAACGCUGCAAACGAUCAAAGUUUUACGUUCAGAGCAGACUCAGUAUUCGUUGGAUGUUCGGCAGUUUGGUUUCUUUGGUUUUUAUGUCUUCUCCAACAUGCAGUAACGUCUUGACCACAAUGUCACAAUUCUCCCUGGGGGGGUUUUGUGAGGGACUUGGAUGUCUUUGAUGCAGAAUCUGAAGCGUUUUCAGAAGAGUGGCAUGAGAGGUUACAGCAGUGUCAGAACGGACGUCUUACACAGCAGAUAGCCUGGAGUCUGGGUUUGAAUGCAUUCUGAGCAAGGUCAGUUCCAGAUUCAAACUUGGAGCAUUAAGGGUUGUCUAAACCCAUAUCUCACUGUUUGUUGGAGUCUGGAUCUGGCCCUGAACUUUGCACUUGAUGCUCUUGCCAAUUCGUUAUACCAGGCCUGUAUAUAACAUACACGUAGGUGACUGCAGGUACCCCAGCCUUAGGGUGACCGUGCUUCACUUGAAUAAUCCUGUUGACCUCAGUGGUAGAGAAUCAAAUUGACUGAAUUCCCCUGACAACAAGCAACUCUUUUUCAGCCAGUCUUGUCAGAAACACCACGCGCUACCUAACUCUUAAAAGUCGGGGGAUUAUAAGGCAUAAGAAGCAUGUUGAAACAUGCACAGCAGUUCCUCCCUACAGAAUAACCUGAAAACAUGCAAGAGAAGCCAGCAUUCAUCUCUGGUGUCAAAUGUUUGCAUUUCUACUGAGAAACAAAGCAGAUACCUGCAAUACCCAGACAGACUGAAGCACAAGAAAUGAGAAGGAAGCUGAAGGAGCAAAAUGGGAAAAUGAAAGCACACUGCACUAGACUGCACUUUCUUUUCAGGCACACAGCUUCAUAGGUCUCUGUAACUGAGCUGCUGUUAUUAUUUGUUAUGAUGAACAUCAGAGGAACUUUGCUUCUGUUAAUUCCCUGGGUUUGGUGUUUGCUGACUGCUGUGUUUCACUGUGUGAACUGGGGAAGGAAUGCCCCAUCCACGCUGGUUUCCUGGUGGCAUCACUUACCCCUUUGCAUUCAUUGCAUACAUAAACUCCUGUAAUUGGUUGAUGAGAAAGUACCAGUACUUGUUCUCCUUGAGAUGAUGCUUCCCAGCAAAACAGCAACUGAAAUAAGUUCGAAGAUUGAAGUCUGCUUAAAUGAUUGACAUUUUAAAAAUGAUUUAAUUCUGGGUUGACAUCCAGCACACCCAGUAAUUGUGAGUGCUUUUAUCACCCAGCUGAUUUUCAGUGUCAGCUCAGGAUUUUCCCAGGAUAAGAUCUCUGAGCACAGAGGACUAAAAGCCAUACUCAGCUCACUCUACUGGUAUGUUAUAUACAGCUUGCCACCAAAUGGAGCAGACAUGUUUGGCUCCCUUCAUACAUGGUUGAA